AAAACAUCAGGCUGCAACUCUGGGGCGUCGAGGAAGAACCUCCCCGGCUAUACCCAAACAAUCUACAAAUGGUAGAGUGGCAUCGUUAAACUCUUCGCAAUUGGUCUUCAAAGCUGCCAGCCGACGCCUCUUCCUCCUCCGUGAAAUAUCCACAACGAAAGCGGAGAUGUUUCCAAACCAAGGGAUACUGCUGAGAAGUAUUUGACAAACCAUUUUCGACCUGUCUUCACGGGGGAAAAAAAAAAUCAUUGGCACACACUAAUGUCGCGGUUGAGCUGUAUAGAGCGGAACCUGGUGAAUGAAUCGAUCUAGUUAUCAUUCACGACCAUUUGCUGAGAAAACCGAGGGGGAAGAAAGGAGGAAACGACUGUUGAAGAGGAGGCUGUGGUUCGGACCGGGAUACUAGGAGCGCAUAGAACCGAGGGGAUAAUCUGCCGCCCAGGAUAGUCCCGACAAUCUGCUGGCCUCGAACAGAAAAUAAAUUCACUGCGGUGCGAAAAUAACACCGGACUGCUGCACCUGAUAAAAGGGAUAAACAAACAACCAACCAGCCGCGGUACAGUGUCUUAAGGAUGAACCACUUAUCCUUCAGUGAGCUGUGUUGCCUGUUCUGCUGUCCGCCGUGCCCCAGCAAGAUCGCCUCCAAGCUGGCCUUCCUGCCGCCAGAGCCCACCUACAGCCUCAUGUGUGACGAGAGCGGCGGCCGAUGGACCCUGCACCUGUCUGAGCGGGCCGACUGGCAGUACUCGCCACGGGAAAAGGACGCCAUCGAGUGCUUCAUGGCGCGCACCUCCAGAGGGAGUCGCAUCGCCUGCAUGUUUGUCCGCUGCUCACCCAACGCCCGCUACACUCUUCUGUUCUCUCACGGGAACGCAGUGGACUUGGGCCAGAUGAGCAGCUUCUACAUCGGCCUGGGCUCACGGAUCAACUGCAACGUCUUCUCCUAUGACUACUCUGGUUACGGGGCCAGUUCUGGGAAACCCUCGGAGAAGAACCUGUACGCAGACGUAGAUGCUGCCUGGCAUGCGCUCCGGUCACGAUACGGCAUCCGUCCAGAGAACGUGAUUGUGUAUGGUCAGAGCAUUGGCACAGUGCCCUCUGUGGACCUAGCUUCUCGCUAUGAGAGUGCUGCAGUCAUCCUGCACUCCCCGCUCACCUCUGGCAUGAGAGUGGCUUUCCCUGACACCAAGAAGACCUACUGCUUUGAUGCCUUUCCAAACAUUGACAAGAUUUCCAAGGUAACUUCACCGGUCCUUGUGAUCCACGGUACGGAGGACGAGGUCAUUGACUUCUCCCAUGGCCUGGCUCUAUACGAACGCUGUCAGCGCCCCGUGGAGCCCCUCUGGGUGGAGGGGGCUGGACACAAUGAUGUGGAGCUCUACGGACAAUACCUGGAGAGGCUCAAACAGUUUGUUGCACAUGAGCUGGUCAACUUAUAGAUGUGCUCGAAAUAAAAUAGAAAAAAAAAAGAGAAAACAAGAAAUGGUGUCCAUUUUCAUAAAACUGAUUAUGCGGUGGCUGACUUCUCAUAAUCAAGGUCCUUUCUCCCUGGGCCUCCGGUUUGCCCAGGACCACUCAUGCCAUUCUUUCCACACCUACAGACCUUGAAGUUUUAAUCAUUUUCUUUUUUGCUUCCUUUUUUGUUUUGUUUUGUUUUGUUUUAAACCAUCUUUAACCUUGCACAUUGUAUGACUCAGAGUCCACUAACAACAUAAAAUGUGUUCAUGCAAUAAGAACAAUGUCAUGAACACUUUUCAUACUUUUUCUUUCUGCCUUUUGAGAAGGACGUGGUCCACAGUUCUUAAUGUAGACCCUCCAGUCUUGGAAAAUGGCCUUUUCAUGAACCACUUACUCUAAACUAACCAAACUCUACUGGACUCUUGAGUUCUUCUUGAUAUUUGGUUUUCUUUACUUUGGAGUACUGUUUAUAUUUUUAUAAACUACUUUAAUAUUUGCACAUAUCAUUUGUCACCGAAGAGCUUAAACUGAAAUAUUACCCAGUUGUGCCAGUUUUGCCAAACGUUAGAUAUAUUACAGACACACGUGCAAAUAAAGCAAUGUACUGUUACUUAAGCAGCUAGAAACACCUUCAGAUUUGUUAGUUGUGUUUGGUCUGCACCUUUCUUUAGUUUUUAAACGAUGCUGUUUGACAUUAACCUUUUACAGGAAGAAGAUGCUCUGUAAACAGCUGAUUUAAACUUUGUUAAACUAUAUAUUUCCCCCUUCUAUCACUUAAACUCUUGUAACUUCUUAGUCUGAUGUGACGUAUUGUCGCUUUGAAAUGGUUAUCAAACUGUUGUUGAUGAACACAAUAAGUUUGGACCUUUUUGGGGUUAUUCACCUGGAUGUAGUGACUCCAAUGAAGCCCAGUUUUGACUGUAAUGUUUAUGCGUUUGGAUCUUAAUACAUCAAGUGAAAUAAUGUGUGUAGUAAUAUUGACAGAUCUACCAUAUGUAGUUUGAUCAGAUCUGGGUAACUGUAUUUUUUUUUAAAAUGAUAAAACAGAACUACUUUAAGAGCUGCUGUCCGUAAUCUGAUUACAACUUAAACCACUAAUGCCAAUCAGGGAGAGCUGGAAAUGUUUCCAUCACUGCUGGUGUUGAAUCAUUUUUCAGUUCAGGAAGUUGUUAAAAUAUUACAUUAAUGUAUUUUUGAAUAUUUUUUUUUCUCCAGUGGAUUAGAAUGAAAUGAAUUGGUUUGUGACUCAGUUUGUUUUGGGACAUUUUGUUUAAGUGACUCGCUCAGCAUUAAAGGCCUUCAUCAGGGACAGUUUUAACUUUUGUUUUAAAUUUAACUUUCCUCUGCAUGAUCUUUCCAAAUCCAUUGUUGCAUGUUGAUUUGCUGUUUUAAUGCUGAAAGAGGCUAAAUAAAGCACUAGUCACUACUGGUGCCACUUAAUACUAUGAACAGUGGUUAUCCUUUGGCCUAUUGCAAACAUUGAGUCACUUAAGAAAUCUCUUUUUUUUAUUUUUUUAUUUUUACCACCUGUAUAAAACUUAAACCUGCACCCACAAAGAAAAACACCAACAUGCCAACUGGUGCUACUGUGAACCUUCAGGCUUGACUUACUGUCCUGCUGGGAGGCAGAAACAGCUUUUUUUUUUUUCAGCCUGAUUGAGCUACAGAUCAGGAUCCUUUCGUCACAUUAACACAUUUUUUUAUUACAUUCUUAUUUUACUAAUAACUUGUGCUUUUUAAUUUUUAUUGUAACAUGCUCAGUAAUAAUUGUCUUUUUGUAUUUUUUUUUCCCACAAGCAUCUACCAGCUGGAUGUUUUUAUUUCCUCAAACUCCAUAAGGCUGUCAUUCAGAUGGCCUUUUGUACUGAACACCUUGGCAGGUGUGAUCUGAUUACACUUGUAUAGCAUAUUUCAAUACAAAUAAACUCUGUAUUAAUGAUAAUAUAGUGAUUUUACCAUGGAUACAAAAAAUAAAAAUCGUAUUUGAGAAAAUGCUUCAA